AUGAAGGAAUCGUCCCCGGCCGACUCCUCCGCCGCAGGAUCUCCGCUGGAGAUCUUCCCCUGCCGCAUCCGCCGCCGCCGCCACCGCCGCUCCCGCUCUCGCUCCCUCUCCACCGUCGCCGCCUCCUCGCCCUCCCUCUGCUCCUCCGCUGUCCCCUUCUCGUGGGAGCACCGCCCCGGCAUCGCCAAGAACCCCAAGGCGCUCCCCGCUGCCCGCCCCGCCCUCCCGCGCCCGCCACCCCUCCGCUCCCUCCCCGUCACGGACUGUCCCGCCGCCGACCCGUUCGCCAUCGCCCUCGCCGAGUGCGCCAAGGGCCCCCCGCCUGCCAAGGGCGACGGCGCCGACGACAGAUGCAGAGGCGCGGUCGCUGUCCGGCGGAAGGUCGCGGCGCUCGUCGGCUGGUUCGCGCUCUUCGACUUGUACGGCUCGUGCAAGGCCGCGGGGUCCGUGGCGGGCGCGACGCUCCGCAUUCCCCGGCCCGGCUCAGGGAGGAGCUGA